AUGAGGCGCCGCGCCGCCGGCCCGCAGGUGCCGCGCAGCGGGACCGAAGCCCUCUCUGCCGGCGAAGCAGACGCAGAUGCCUGCAUCACCAACGGCGACGGAUCGGCUGAUGAGCGUAAACCAGGAGAGGACAGUUCUGCCAGUGACUCCAGCAGUACCUCUGGAGAUGAGUCAGAUACUGAGGAGUCGGAUGUGAGAAAGUCAGAUGAAGAACAAGAAAAGAAAGAGUCACCACCACCACCACCACCACACUGCAAUGAAUCAGGAGCGAACUCCAUGCCGCCCUGUGAACACUGCGGAAAUGAAAACGUCCAGAAGGAGCAGGUGACCCCGAGGAGACUUUCUGGAGAGCAGUACUUGCUGAAGCUGGAAGGCGAGGGCACUUACCAGUGCAGCGUCACCGGCCUCAUCUUCGAGGUGACCGAGGCGGUGGCCGUCACCUACUCGGUGCUGUCGUGGAGCAAGUAUGCGGCCUUGGUGGGAGACGCCUGGACGGUGGGCGGCCCGCUCUUCGACGUGGGCUGCGCCUCGGCCGCGGCGCUGAGGGCCAUCAGCUUCCCCCACGCGCUGUGCCUGGGUGACGGUACCACGCGCCCGGCCUUCAAGGUGCUGCACGUCCAGAAAGGAGGUGGCGCGGCGCUGGAGCCGCCGGCCGAGUACUCGCCGUCGCACGUGCGGUGGCUGGUGAGCUCGCUGUCCCCCGUGGGGCCCCUGCUGCGGGCCGAGGAGCCCCUACUCUACCACGGCGCCGUGGUCCUCUACAAGGUGGUUGACAGCCACCCUUCCCUCUCCUUCCGCGUCUACGUGGCCACCAACAACGACUCCUUCAUAAAGGAUAUAUCGAGGGCGGUGAAACAUUCCAACAAGAAAUUCAUUAAAAUCGACAAGCCCCCUGUCUGUCAAAAAUUACUGCAGAAAGGAAAGAGAUACCGCCUGGUUUGCGAGCCGGAAGCUGAGAUCACUCCGGAGGAGAUUGAGUUUGUGGAUGGAUCUCUCUUGAAGCUGAAAAGUUACAUUGAGGUCUAUUUGGAGAAGCCGGAUGACUUUACCUUGUCCUUAGUCGAACUGGAGUCCGACGCGAUCGUGUGGAAGGCGAAACUAAGGGAGAGUGACUGGAUACAUCACGAGCAGAACAGGAACGAGCAGAAGAGAAGCACAGUCAGUACCAAAAGACGUAAAUCCACCCACAGCUUCUCUGAAGAUGAAGAAUACUACCAGAAAAAGUGGAAGGGCAGCAGUACUGCAGACGGCGUUAAAGCGAAAAGCUUACUGACUGACCAGCAACUGAUGGCGAUCGCCAAGAGGUUUGGCAGAGAGUGGAAAGAAAUUGCCAUCGAGUGUCUUCAGCUAGAAAUGAAAGACAUUCAUCAGAUUCAGGCGAAGGAGGAGGAAGUCAACAUUCAUAAAUUUCUGAUGUUAAGCAAGUGGAGGGACAGAGAGCAGAGCAAUGGAACGGCACAAAGUCUCUACGACAGUCUCAAAGAUAAGGUGUCGUACGACGUACUUGAAGUACUAGAAGGCUUUUUGGCUCAGUGACAAAUUUGUGGAGCAGCAGCUAAAAGGAGACAACUCAGGAACGUUCCUCAGCCAAAUGGUUCAACUUUUUGAGCUGUCUGCCAGGGAUUUUGGUGUGUUUCUGUUAUGAAGAUACAAGCCCUAAUCAAUCAGUGGAAAGUUUAGGCAAAUCUUCGAAAGAUGUGGGUAUGAAAUUUUACACUGAUGUAAGUGAAUUGAAUGUUUUUUCAAGAGUAAUUACUCAUCUGUUUAGAUACCAGUCAUCGCAACUGCCUCGUCAAGAUAGAAGUGCCAGUCUCGGUGAAUGUGAAACUUAAAACUUCCACUGAAUUUCGUUUCAGUGGAGCUGAUCCUAAAAGACAUGAGCACUCAGCAAAAUCGGUUUACCUUUUUUCUACAUGGGAUUUUUAUCUUGGAGCAGCUUUAUUUGAAUCAGGGAAACACAGAAGGAGAAAAGUUUUACAGAAGCUUUCAUCACCUUAAAAAAAAAAACUAAAUUGCUGAAAUCAUGAGGUAUAUUGUAUUUCUCACAGAUGCCUAAGAUCAGGGGAGAAGAUUCUCAAACUUGUGCGUUAAUUCAUUUACAUAAUCACUGUAUAUAGUCCUAUACAUUCAAGCUGUGUUGGGCUCUGGGUCUGUUUUCUAACAAAUUGAAGACUAGUUUCACAGUAGCACUAAUAUUAGCUAUGGGCAGCUUUGGGUUUUUUUUUUCUUUGU